AUGUCUUCCGAAAAUAAUUCAGACUUCACCGGGGAAGAUACGUGUUUACCAAGAUCAAAAUUGGCCUUCGAUUUCAGAGUAGUCGAAAGACCGAUUUAUAAACCAAAUAGCGGUCCACCACUUCAAUCAAUUUCACUCAUUCCUCCUCACGAAUUAAAAGGAAUUAUUCUUGAUUGUUUUCCAUACCCGAAGCCAAACGACCCUAGCCACUUCCUAGUGGGCUAUGAACGGGAGCCACAUAAUCGCAUUAUUAUACACCCAAAUAAUAUACGCAAUUAUGUAUCAGAGUAUACUUUGGAAAAUUGGGAGCAUGAACGGAGCACUGCAGAAGAGAAUCGUCUUAUUAAAGAGCUUCAACCUCGUUUGAUAGUAUCAGAAAAAGCAAGAGUGUUGCGAGAAUUGAAAAAAGCCGGAAAAUCACGUGAUGAUCUCAGGGAGGAGGAUGCCGAACAGUAUCAGGCUUUGGGAAUGCCGAAGAAGAGGGGCAGGCCUAAGUCUAUGGCAAGUGUUUUCAAGCCAGCACCCAAGCCAGUAUCUGAUCAACCAAGUGGGAAGCGUGGACCUGGAAGACCUCGGAAAGUGGUGUCAGUUCAAGUUGUUUCGCCUACCAUCUCUCACCCUCAUCGGCCUUCUUUGUCUCAGCCAUCCUUAUCUCAGCCAUCUCUAUCUCAGUCAUUUGCUAAAGCACCAAGAGCAAUGUUGGAGCAUACAAUUGCCGACUCGGCAAGCGAAGAGGAAGAUGAAGAUACCGAUUUAGCGCUUGAUGAUCAGCACAACCAAGGGGCAACCCAUAUAUCCAACACCGCUAUGAAUUCGUCUACUAUCCUGAGAGUUACAAGUCCGGCAACGGAGCAUUCUAGUCAAGGUCAAGUAAAUAAGACCCCUAUUCAGUCACCACAGAAGUACAGAUCCUUCAAGAUGUCACCUCACGAUCGUCCCAAGAAAGCUGCAAUUCUUCCUGGCAUGAGUGUAGACGCAUACCCAUACGACAAUUUGAAAGCCAAUGCUAGCAAUAAUAAAAAGAGCAUAAAGUUCGACAAAGGUUCAAGCACCCAGAACCAAUCUCCAGCAAGCCUUCAGUUACCCCUUCUAUCAAGUGGCGAACAGUCCACUGGUCGUACAGUUCAAGGCACAAGUCAGAAGCCUCAAUCUAAAAUUGUCGAUUACUUCAAGGAUUCUGGUACUAAAAUCCCUGCUUCGAAGACGCUUGAUGUGAACCGAAAUUACGAGCCUUCGUCUAGUUUGAAGCGCAAAUCUUCUCCGUUUAUAGGACGAGAAGGUGAGUCAAGUGGAAAGUCCCGAAGUAAAACUCGAAGACUUGGAAAAGGCUCCGACGAUUAUUAUGAUGCCGAAUACAAGGGAGCUUCGAAGAAGAGGUCUGGGUCACCAACCAUUGAGAAUUGUGAAACGAGCUCCGAGCCAAGAUCAAGUGCACGGCGUGGAAGCGAUGCUUUCAACCUGCGUAGCUCUAGAAGUAGAAGUCGACGACUUGAAUCUUCUCCUGGUAAUAGGAUGGAGCUCGAGGAUGAGAAUGAGGAUGCGAUUGGAGAUAUGGAUGAAGAUGAAGGCGAGCAGAAAGGCGAGCAAGCAGCUUUUGGCGGCAGACCGCCAACAUGGGAUGUAAAAUCAAUCUUGGAUCACAAGUACGAAUGGAAUGACGGUGACAACAAGCAAGAACUAUGGUAUCUUGUUGAUUGGAAGGGAGAUUGGAACCCGACAUGGGAACCUGCCAAUGGCAUCUCGGAAGGGGCCGUUGAUGAUUACAUCGCUUCGAGGCAAGCUCAAGGACUUGGCAAUCUCUCUGUUUCAAUUGACGCGAUAGAUAUAGGGGGAAAUAGUGAUUCGUUAUCACGAGGCGAUGAUCUAGAAUGCAGUAUUGAGGACGACGGGUACUCGUAG